CCCUUUACUCUUAGGCUCCUGCCGUAAAUUCUGUGCUUCCUACAAAGUUAGUGCUUACAAGCAGAAUGGCAGAGGAAGCAAGUAUUCUGUAUAGCGGCAAGAACUUUAUUUGUCUCUGUUUUAUGUUCAUCAGCCUGCUCAUUGAGAUAUCAGAAGGAAGAACUCUGAAAUUUGUGACCAUAGUCUAUCGACAUGGUGACAGGAGUCCAAUAAACUCAUUUCCAAGUAAUCCAAUCAAAGAAAAUGCAUGGCCACAGGGAUUUGGACAACUAACUACGCUUGGCAUGCAGCAACACUAUGAGCUGGGACAGUUUCUGCGAAAGAGGUAUUCUGGCUUUCUCAACACAACAUAUGAUCACCGCGAGAUAUAUAUCCGAAGUACAGAUUAUGACAGAGCACAGAUGAGUGCCCAGGCCAAUCUCGCAGGACUGUAUCCCCCACAAGGCAGUCAGGUCUGGAACAGCAACAUCUCCUGGCAACCAAUCCCAGUUCACACAGUGCCAGUCGCAAAGGACAGGGUAAGUGCUGAUGCUGGAUUUAUCUAG